AAUUGCUAUUAAGUAACCAUUUAGUAUGUGUACAGAAUGUUCCUCUAACACGAAGUCCUGAUAGAUGCCCAGAAACAUAAGUAAAUGGAUAGUCCCAAAAUAUAAACAUGAACUGUCCAUUAGUGUCCAUAUCAAAGGUCACCUAAUGAGUGGAAUACAUCUUUAGGAACUCUAUAAUAAAAAUAUGGAUUUAACACUGAACUUUAUAAAUUUUACAUUAAUAUUGAACUUUUUACAUUUAAUAUUUUUUAUUAAACACGUAGAGAGUCGAGGAACAAUGCUUGAACCGCCUCAGAGGUCAAGUUUGUGGCGUGUUCGACCUUGGAAAAAGGAUAAAACGAUUCCUAAAAAUUUAGAGGAUUAUGGUUUGAAUUGUGGUGGAUUCUGGCGGCUGCAUGGAAUAAAUAAAGGCCAGUGUGGCGUUUGCGGAGAUCCGCAUGAUGCUGUGUCCCGCCAAAAUGAGUCUGGUGGAAAAUAUGCAAAUGGAAUAAUAGUGCGCAGAUACAGACAACACAGGAAGUUUAUAAAUAUAACACUCGAUAUUACUUCAAAUAUUGGUGGCCAUUUUGAAUUUCGAUUAUGUCCGCAUAAUAAUGUGACUAAAGUUGUUACUCAAGAAUGUUUAGAUAGGAAUAGAUUAACAAUAGAAGGUCAUGGACUUAAGUUUAUCCCAACAGAUGAAAGAAAAUACAAGUUAGCUUUAGUGAUGCCAGAUAAUAUUACGUGCAAGCAAUGCGUGCUACAAUGGAAAUGGCGCGGAGCAUAUAACUGGGGAAGAUGUGAUGAUGGAUAUCAAGAUGUCGGAUGUGGAAAUCAAGAAGAAUAUUACAAUUGUGCUGAUAUAGCAAUUCUGCCUUCAAAGAGAGGAAAACCUCCGAAAAUACCGAAACCUAUAAAAAAUGUAACAAUAAUCGAUGGACCGACUGAACACUGGAAUACUAUUAUAAAUAAAGAUAUUGUUAGGGAUGAAACAAAAACUAUACAGCCUUCUAGAAAUGUCAAAACAAUAACAAUGAGUAAAGAUGUCAAUGACAUUAAAACUAUAGAUAACAUUCUCGACCAAUCAAACAUCGUUACUUCCAAAAAUACAGAUGAUGUCACAUCCGGAAUUCCUGUAUAUUUGUAUAAACCGGAAGUUAACACCAUUCUCCCUCCAAUAGAUGUAACAAUGAUUCCUACUACGGUUCCCACUUGGAUAGAUACAAUUCUUACCGAUUUAGGAAAACCAGAUCCCGCCCUUCCACCUAUUGUCGUAGGCAACUUGAAUGAUUUUACUAAAGGUGUUAUAUCCGAGCCACUUUUACCGGAUAUUAAGAGCAAUAUAUUUGACAUCACAUCUCCAAAUGGUAUAUCUGGUGUGAGGCAAGACUUGGUUCAGUCCCCUGGUAAUACUAUCUUCAACAGAGCGCAGUGGAUAGCAGGUACUUUAUCGCCACCUCCUUCCGGCUUAGGAGCUUUGAAUGCUUCCGGUGGUGGGAAAACGACGCUUAUAAACACUGCUAAUACUAAUCAAUCAAUGCUUACAAUGCAUAAUAAAACUAUGCUUAAUGCUACAGAAAACUCCCUUGGAAUUCCUGUGACUAUGGAAGAUACUACACUUGACCCUUUAAGUAUUAACAGGAACAUGAAUAUGUUGAGAGACAUGUUUUAUGGUGCAAUGGCUUCUGGGGCCGAUGUUGAUUUAGAUACUCUGUUGCCGCUGCAAUUUUUCCCUUUUGAUGUCUUUUCACGCAAUACACAGUCAUUUGGAGAUCUAACCGACCAGUUUCUACAAAGCGUGUAUGCUCUUAACAGUCAGAAACAAGCUAAUGCUUCUAAUGAGAUGAGAAAUAACGAAUUAAACAUGAAGCAAACAAAUGUUAACUCUAAUACUUCUACAGUCAGAAUUGAAAACAGCAUAAAUGUAACGCCAAAACCAACCUCCACAAUGGUAAAAGUUCCUGAAACAUUAACCGACAAGCCAAACAACAAUAACGUCUCUGUGUCACAAUUAAAAGACAUAUCUGUGCAAACAGAUAUCACAACUGUUAAUACUCCGGUCUUAAACCAGCCGAUAAUUGACCCUCCGACAACCAAAUAUAUGAGCAUAAAUGUCAUGCAUUCAACAACAGCAAGUCCUAUGAUACACCAACAGCUGAUUGACCCUCCAACUACUGCUGGUCAGAUUGUAGAUUUCAUGCCACAAACGACAACCAAUGCAUGGCAUGAAGCUCUGUUAAGAAUGAACACUUUACUAAAUAAUCUUAACAGUCAAUUGGAUACGAUGGCAUACGAUCCAAAUGGUGGAAUUCAACACAUCAAUAAUUUAAUGAAUGAAUUGCACCAUAAAACAUCUGUUGGGGCAACAGGAGAAAUAACCAACCAGUCUCAUAGAGGAACCGGAAGUCCAAUAGCAUUACCACUUGUUAGCGGUAAUGGACAAGGUUUGGUGGCUCAAAAUGCUUUACAAAAAGAUGGCAUUGUAGUUUCUGAUGUAGGUAGUUUACGUAUGCAAAACCCUGGAGUCCUAUAUGUUGAACGUCCUUCAAAAGAUAUAGCAUCGUCAUGGGAUAAAUUGUCACAAGUGCCAUUAGGAUUUGUAGAUAAUACAAUAAAUCAGAAUAUAAAUGUUCAACUAAAUAAGAUACCCGGAAGUCAGGGAAAUAAACCAAUUGUUAUUUCAGAUCCGAAAACAAACUUUUCGUUUAAGAGAUUAGAUGCUAGAAAUGUUGAUGUUCUAGGAAUAGCAGUUGAUGCUCCAACGGUUGCCAAUGAAAAUUCUAUUAUGAGCCAACCUAAGAUUAACGUAUUGAAUUCACCAGAAAUAUUUCGAAAACAGAAUUUUGUUGUCAGUGAACCUAGAAACCAACCAAUGUCAGAUGUUGCCUUGCCUAAAUUAAACAAAAGAGACGCAGAAGAACCUAACUCAAAUAAUAUCCCAGUAAAUGUUAAAUUAGUCGGAGGCACAAGCACACAAGAUAAAAUUGUAAAUGCGCGAAUUCUUGACCGAUUGUUAAAGGGAUUGGACAGUGGUAUUGGAAUUUCCAAUACAGUGCAUGCGCAAAAUACACAAGGAGUUAAUAAAAAUGCAUCACCUGACAUCAAAACUUCAUUUACAGCUGACAACAGUAUUAAUUCAACCGGAACUAGAUCUAACCCUUUGGAAUCGAUGUAUAAAAAGAAGCAAUCGAACAAAUCAAACAGCGUCAAUGUCUGGAAGCAAUUCUCCAAAAAAUUAAAUCCAACAGAAAUAUCGAAUUACAUAAAUUCAGCUUUAAACCCUACACAGAAAAAUGGCAAGUCAAAACAGUUUAAUGUUUGGAACCUGGUCAAUAAAAAAAAUCAACCAAUAUCACCUACUGUAAACACUUAUUCUGUGGAUUCGUCGUUUGAUUCAAUAAUCAAUAAUGGCUUAUGGGUUUAUCCUGAAACCACUCCGGGAAAAAGAACAACACCAAGUCCAAUUUUAGGAGGGGUGACGAACAGUAUGUUGGACCUCAUGUCAGGUUUAUGGAACUCUCAAACCACUGCUUAUCCUUUGUAUCAAGCAAAUACAAUUGUUUGAAUUGGUUUACCCUCAGAAAAAGUUAACUACCUUUUUUUCUAUUUCAUUUAACAUCAACAUUUCUUUCAGUAAGUAAACUGUUGUUUAGCUUAUAUUAUUGUUAUAUUUCUCUACUUAUUUACUUCAUAAAAAAAAUAGUUUAAAUUCAUACUACUUUUUUUCUAGUUUAUUUAACAUCAACAUUUCUUUCAGUUGUUUAGCUUAUACUAUUGUUAUAUUUCUCUCCUUAUUAACUUUAUAAAAAAUAGUUUAAAUUUAUACAGCAAUAGUUUGUUUUUCUCCUUUUAAUUAAUACAAAAACCAAUGUAAGUGAUCUUGAAUUAUAUUGGUUAAGGCAGAAGGAUGUUUUGAAUAGAAAGAAAAAAUGUAAAUCCAGCUGUAUAAUACUGUGGAUUCAUUUAUUUUCGUGGGUAUCAAUUUUCGUGGAUUACUGAAAAUAUGCAUUUUUAUGGAUAUCUAAUUUCGUGGUUUUGCAAAUCUCUAUAAAAGCCUAUUGAAAAUAUAUAAUUUGUUGAACAUUUGAAUUUGUGGUUUACCUGUACCCACGAAACCCACGAAAAUUGGUCUCUAACGAAUAAUAAUGAAUCCACAGUGGUACAAUAUUGCAAUUAUUAAGAAAAAACAUUUGACAUAAUCACAAAACCAAUAACAUUUAUUAUGUAUACAAGUUUAUAUUUACGAUAUAUGACUUAUUAUGUAUCGAAAUACUUGCUAAACAUUUUUUAUAUUAAAAGAUGGCGUUAAUUUA